AUGGGUAUAAGCAAAUUCAAGAAUAACUUUAAGGGGAAAGGAGUUAGAGGAGGGGAAAGUGGUAAAGGGUUCAGCGGUCGGGGUAAAAUGGCUAAGAAGCCUGGUGGGUUCAAGUCUGCUGGAUUUAGGGGUGGAUCUAACAAAGUGAUUAUAAUUCCUCAUAGAUUUCCCGGGGUGUUCAUAGCUAAGGGCAAAGCUGAUGCGCUAGUAACCAAAAAUAUGGUACCAGGGGAAUCCAUUUACGGGGAGAAACGAAUUCAAGUGCAACAGGAUGAUGGAGAGAAAGUUGAGUAUCGCAUUUGGAAUCCAUUCAGAUCCAAGUUAGCUGCCACAAUAAUUGGGGGAAUAGGCAAUAUGCCUAUCCACCCAAACUCAAAGGUUCUCUAUUUAGGCGCUGCGAAUGGAACGACAGUCUCUCAUGUCUCCGAUAUGGUUGGACCAAAUGGAAUGGUCUAUGCUGUGGAAUUUUCCCAUCGUUCUGCACGUGAUUUGAUAAAUGUUGCAAAAAGACGAUCCAACAUAGUACCGAUUGUUGACGAUGCCAGGCAGCCUCAGAGGUAUAGAAUGCUUGUAGGAAUUGUUGAUGUGAUAUUCGCCGAUGUAGCACAGCCAGAUCAAGCGAGGAUUGUGGCUAUUAAUGCCAAUCAAUUCCUAAAGCCCAGCGGAUGGUAUAUAAUUUCAAUAAAAGCAUCUUGCGUUGAUUCCACGGCAAAACCUGAGGCUGUAUUUGCUGCAGAAGUUGAUAAGUUGAGGAAAGACAAGUGUAAGCCUAGGGAACAGCUUACACUUGAGCCAUAUCACCGAGAUCAUGCGGUAGUAAUUGGCCAGUAUCGUCCAGAGAAGAAGUAG